GAGAGCAUUAUGGACUUUACCACAGUGAUAUUAGCAGGGCUAAUCUUAGCUCUACUGUUGGUUUUAACUUUAAAAAGCAGUAAGAAAUAUAAUUUACCUCCAGGACCUGUUGCCCUCCCUCUUGUAGGGAACCUGCCACAACUGGACAGAAAUGCACCUUUUAAAAGUUUCCUCAAGUUCGGUGAAACCUACGGUCCAGUGAUGACCUUUCAUCUGGGCCGGCAGCGGACCAUUGUUCUGGUCGGGUAUGAUGCAGUGAAGGAGGCUCUGGUGGACCAGGCUGAUGACUUUACGGGCAGAGGACCGCUGCCGUUUCUGAUCAAAGCUACCAAGGGCUACGGUUUGGGGAUCAGUAACGGGGAGCGAUGGCGUCAGCUACGACGUUUCACCCUGUCGACCCUCAGAGACUUUGGGAUGGGACGUAAGGGCAUGGAGGAGUGGAUCCAGGAGGAGAGCAAUCACCUAAGGGGUCGCAUUGACUCAUUCAAAGCUGCUCCAUUCGACCCAACAUUCUUGUUGAGCCGCACCGUGUCCAAUGUGAUCUGCUGCAUGGUGUUUGGCCAACGCUUCAGUUAUGAAGACAAGCAGUUCCUGCAACUCCUCAACAUCAUAUCUGAAAUCUUAAAGUUCGUCAAUAGUCCUCUGGGUCAGAUGUACAACAUCUUCCCCUUGCUGAUGGAGCGUCUUCCUGGGUACCAGCACUACAUUUUUGCCCAAAUAGACAAGGUGAGAGAAUUUAUCGAGAUGAACAUCCGAGAGCAUAAAGAGGCACUGGACCCCAGCUCCCCACGAGACUACAUCGACAGCUUCCUCAUCCAAACUGACCAGGAAAAGCACAAUCCCACCACUGAGUUCCACCACGACAACUUGGUGUCAACKGUGAUGAAUCUGUUCCUGGCGGGAACAGAAACCACAAGCUCCACCAUCAGAUACGCCAUCAGUGUGUUCAUCAAAUACCCAAACAUACAAGAAAAGAUCCAGCAGGAGAUUGACAGUGUGAUUGGACGAGACCGGUGCCCCAACAUGGAGGACAGGAAGUCCCUCCCCUUCACAGAUGCUGUCAUCCACGAGGUGCAGCGUUUUCUGGACAUUGUCCCCUUCAGCCUCCCUCACUAUGCACUGACGGACAUUUCUUUCAGGGGUUACACUAUCCCCAAGGACACUGUGAUUAUUCCCUUGUUGCAUUCUGUGCUCAAAGAUGAAAAACAGUGGGCGYCUCCCUGGACCUUUAACCCUCAGCACUUCCUGGACCACAGCGGAAACUUCAAGAAAAAUCCUGCGUUCUUGCCAUUUGCUGCAGGGAAAAGAGCAUGUGUUGGUGAGUCUCUGGCUCGUAUGGAGCUCUUUAUCUUUUUGGUGUCUCUGCUGCAGCAUUUCACCUUCUCCUGCGCAGAAGGCCCCGACAGCAUCAACCUCGUCCCUGAGUACAGCAGCUUUGCUAACAUGCCUCGCAGAUACAAGAUCAUCGCUACACCGCGGUGAACAGAGGAACUCCAUGCAGAAUAUACACACUACUCUCGUACUAUUAUUUAGACUAUGUGAGACUAUAAAUGUAUUGGACUAAACUCACAGUGCAAGACUGUCACCGGGCUAUGAAUACAAUGUCAGACUAUAUUCUGACUAUACAGACUGCACACGAAUAUAGAAUAUGUCUUUUUAGAGGUUGUCCAUUAAUGUGUAAAUUCAUAUGUGUAUUUUGAUUAUAUAUUCCCCUAGUAUAUAUAUACUAUAUAUACCUAGUAUAUAUAUACUAGGGGAAUAUAUAUAUACACAUCUUUAUACACAUCUUUUUGUCUUUUUAACAUAUCUUGUUAUGCAAGCUGUGCAUUUUCAUUAUGAUCUGUGUCUUGGUUAUUUUAUCUUUUACUAUUAAGCUAU